AAUGGUUGUGGGACACUGUAGUUAUAUAUAUUUUUUUUCUUGUAUCUGGAGUGGAAAUACAGCACGUUUGUUACAUCCAUAUUAAUAGCUGCGUUGUUAUAGCUGAUGGGUUCAAAAUGAAGGACACGAAAAAAAAAACUGCAUUUCCCAUAAGCCCUGGCUUUUGCAGCUGCGCUGUACCGCGGGCAGAGUGGUCUGCUGAUGAUAAUGUUUAUCAACACAGUAAUGAGGGUCGCUGCGAGUGUCAGAUAGCCGGCGGUCAAUAUCAAGCUGUCAUGUUUAAAUCUCUGUCUUUUAGCAACUGGAUUAGCGGCCCGGGGGAUAUAGAAACCCUGGGGCACGAAGGAGAGACUGCACCGACCGCGGGACACCCGGGGAAAGAGGAAGACACCGAAACUGAAAAACUGACGAACCAAACCAAACGAAUCGGAACUUACUUGUUUGGUGUUGCUGCGCUGGCUUCUAAGAAAGUGUCAGAGUCAGUGCUGGAGACGGUCCAGACCAUCCGCAAAUCCGUAGACCAGCAUCCCAUUAACGGAAUCAUAGACAAGACAAUACUGGGAGAUUUCAAGAGGGAACAGGAGAGCUUUGUAAAGGAACAGCAGCAGAGAAAAGCAGAGGCUGCAGUUCCCCUUUGGGUUGGCUGUAGUGAGGAGGAGUCAGUAAAACAGCAGAUCCUGUCCUUAUCAUUGGACCGGCGGAAUUUCCUGCGUGCUCCCCCCGCGGGGGUUGAUUUCCAGUUUGAUUUCAGCCAGGCCGCUCCGGUCGCCAUGGUGACUCUGCAGGAGGAUGCGAUGCUGAGCCGCAUGCGUUUCGAGCUUGUGCCCAGACAUGUGAAGGAGGAGGUCUUCUGGAGGAACUAUUUCUAUCGUGUGUCUCUGAUCAGACAGUCUGCUCAGCUGUCCUCACUGGCCUCCCAGCACACAGAGAGACAGAGGGACACAGAGAGAGGCUCAGGGGACCACACACCCAGCACAGAUGCAACAGCAGUCCAGACUCCAGCUCUCUCUGUGAGAAAUACAAGGCAGAUCCAUCCGCUGGUCAGUCUGGAUGAUGUGUCGGUCAGCCCCCCCAGCGGAGAGUUCAUCAGCGACUCCUUCAACACGUCCCUGUCCCCCCUCAACCAGGAGGACUUGCUCAGAGACAGGCAGCAGCUGGGCAUGGGCCAGGGAGAGAGGGACCCCGCUGUAGAGCAAGAGCAGGAUGAGAUCCCGGAGUGGGAGAGGGAGCUGCAGAGGGAGCUGCAGGAGUUUGAGGUGGUGGAGCCGGGAGAGAGGGGGGCUGCCAGUGAGGCCUGGGAGAGAGAGAUCGAAGAGCUGCUGCUGGAGGAUUUCUAGAGAGCCGGAGGGACGGGUGGGAUACCAAGAAUCCACAGUGUACUGGGAUUUGGAAAUCACUCUCCUUGGGGAAAGUACAGGGUGGACAGGAAAACAUACAGUGUUGAUCAAAGUGUGAACUUUUACUUCAUGCAUACAAUUCAAGGGGGAUAUCAGAAAAUACCAGUGUGCAAAUAAUCAUGAAAACUUCAAGGUUGCACCUUCCAGCCUGCAGCAGCCAAAGAGUGACCUUCAGGGGUCCACUCAAACUCUGAAUGCACUGUCUUGGAGCUACUUUGUUCAUUCCACGGUUUAAAUGGUCCUUUAUACACACUUACCAUAGUAAAAGCGUAGCAAAGUGUAAUAAAGCACAGUGAAAGCAAGGUAACGCAUUGGUAAGCAUGGUAAAGCUCAGAGAGGUACGGUAAAGCAUGUUUUUUAUAAGGGUUAUCCCCUAUUUGGGAGGUAGGUUUGCCACCCUUAGGAUUCCAACACACUUCUGUGGAUGUAACUUGGUAGGGACUUUCUAUUGAGAGUUUCAGAAUCUGUGUCUACAUGAAUUUGUCUGGCCUCUGAUUGAUUGGUUUGGUAAUGAUUGGUUCUCAAUACCGUCAGAACCACUCAACUGAAUGCUAUGAUGCCUCACAUGGAUAUUUGUUACAAGGACAUAUUCCACAAGCUGGAAGUGUAAUGUAAAUCUACGAUUUCGAGUUAACGACAGUGUCCUGGGAGUCCAUUUUCAAAUUGUUUUGCUGAACCUAAAGUAUAUUAGCAUGGUGAUCUGCUUUCUUAUGCUACUCACAGCACUUACUGAUAUACUUUCUGACUAAAUAUUCUCCCCAGACUCCGUGGACGUUCUUCACUAAGUCUGGUUUGGACUGUGAUACAUACAGUAAUAGUUGCAUUCACCCUAGCAUUUGUAUUAGGCAUCGUGACCAAUGCAGUUUAUUAGUCUAAGACACAAGCUACAAGCUGACUAAUAAUACAACAAAAAAUUAUAAUAUAUAUAUAUAUAUAUAUAUAUAUAUAUAUAUAUAUAUAUAUAUAUAUACACACACACACACACACACACACACACACACACAGUAUAUUGUUUUACUGUUUCUGAGCAAAUACCCAGAUAAGAUAACCGAGGUGAUGUCUAUGUCUAUUGCAGUAUGUGUCCAUGUCUAUAGAUGGACUGUGUAUUAUAGAUUUAGCUGUGCACUCUUCUCUCGGUGAUGUUUAUCAAUCCCCUAUUCUAUAACAAAUCUUAAACUCACCGUUUCAGGGGGAAAGAAAUUAUAGUUGAACACCCCAAGGGAAUUUCUAUUGAUAACCCCUCUUCCUAAUAGACAGAACAUGUGACUUUAUUAGCACCAAAUAUCCAUGAGAAACCUUGAUUAAGGACAUGUUUCAUGGGAUAAUAAACAGGUGUAAUGCUGUGGAUAUUCUAAGCGUAUAAAGUAUUUCUUUAAAUGAUCUUGUUAUUGUGACCAAGAUAGAUGUAAGAAGUGCCUGCAUUUAGUGGUUAUGAAAAUCAGAAGGCGAACCGUCUUUAGUGUAUUUCUGUCUCUUAAACUAAUUGCAAUGCCAGGGAUGAUCCAGAUCAAUUUAAUUGACCCAGUUAUGUCCGAAAGCCCUGUUAAUCUAAUGGUAUUUUUUACAUAGUGGUCUCUGUGGUUGCAUGUUGUAACUGCACUGUUGAAGGGAGUUAUUUCAAAGAAGAUAAUAGCUGCCCAUUCCAAGUUGAAGGUCCUUUCUUUCACAGGCAUGGAGCUGAUCAGUACACGCAUAGUUAUUAAUAGCCAGGGAACAGAGUGCAUUAAUGCCCUUAUCUAAGUGAGCUCUUAUGGCGAUGUGUCUAGACAUUGUACUCCAUUCUGAAGUCUGUCUGUGUCAGCAGAACAAUCUUGGGUACAGUUAGCCACGAAAGUGAACACUGUAAAUUAAUAAAUAAUGUAGGCACCUGGUGCUAGCCAAUAUGUCUUCUGAUCUCCAAACAGGCUGGAGCGUUUCUCUGCACAAAUGAAUGUAUAUUGUUACAGCAAGGUUUUCGUUUCAUGUUUGUGUUACAUAGGUGUUACCAUUUUGCCUUAUCCCGUAUAUUAGAAUAUUGUUAGCGUUUCUUAUGUUACACAUUGUAUACCUGUCAGUAUUUGCUAGAAUAUUGUUUUUCAAUGUUUUCUUGUUUUGUAUGCAAGGUUUUAACUGUAGACAACAAGCUGCUUUAAAAUGGUUUCAUAUGAAACCUAUACUUCUCAUAUAGUGGUUGCAUUAUACUUAGGCAGAAUGGAAGGCUGUGAAGCCAUGAUUGUAUUGUUUCUCCAGGCAUGACCACAUAUUGAAUUAUAUUGUUUCGUUUGUGUUUAUAGACAGUCAGCCUGCAAUAUAAUGCAAUGCAGUUCAUUUCAGGACUCCGAAUUGCUAAACUGAAUAUGUUUUAUUUAAUGUGUACUGUGUGACAAAGGGGGAUAGAAUCACUGACUGACAGAUCACUUUUUUGACAAAAUUAAAGGAAUAACAUUGAUUCAAUGUGGAAUACCACUUAGCUGCAAUCAAACCUAUAAUAAAGAUUAGCUGUACUGUAGGACCUGCCUGUAUAUAGUGAGUUGGUGUCUGUGGAACUGGCGUUAGUUGCAUUGACCAGUUUGUCCAUCAAGAUAGACUUACUGGUGUUUCUGGAAUGGAACGUCUGCAGAAAACCUAGCGGGUCUUGACAGAUCAAAUCUGCUGACAUAUAAAAUGUAUUGUGACAUGCAACAGAAAAGUGCAAACCACAAACACCUUUAACACUGGACAAGACAUACCUGUUUCCACUCCAGCAGUGCACCAGGAGCUAUGUUGCCCUAACUGCUAUUAAGUUAAUUUUCAUUUUUCUUUUUAGCCAGACAGUGUAUGUUAAUACACUUUGAGCGGUCGUUGUGCAGCAGUCAGAGUAACUGUUCAAGCAGUGCCCCUGGACAUUGCCCUACAUACUAAAACUUACACACAAUUUGAGAUUUUGCAGCGCUGGUAAAUCCUCUUGGAUAUUACAUCAAACACUUACUCUUAGUAAUUGCAGGAUAACCAUGCAUGGGUGGUUGUUUCAGUCUUGGGUGAUUACCCAGUGCUUUGUGGAUGAGCGGUGGGGUUUUUCAGGUUGGGACUCAUGGGAAUUUCCUUGGAGUGGAAGCUUGUGUGAUGCCUGAAAGUAGCCAGUGACUUUGCCAUUAUCAUGAGUGCUAAAUUAAAGAUUUUAAACCAGGGUUACUGUGACAGAAUUUCAAAAUUGGAAAAAAAGAAGUGUCAGUCUAACUGUUUGUGUUGCCAGGAUUUGAAGACUGAAUCAGAGCCUCUCUGUGCUAAGGAGUCUAAGACACUUAUCAAGCUGUUUGUGUUCAGUGUUGUGUUCCAAGCAAGGGUGGCGGGUUUUCAAGGAAAGCCCUAUGGCUGAUUCUGCUAGCUGUCUUUGCAAGAUAAUGCCUUUUUUAUUAUAUACUUUUUUAUUAUUAUUUGCAGGAUGCUUCAGUGUCCACUUUUGUACCAGUGCUGUUCAGUUUCUCUGCAUAAGAUAUUCUCGAGAAAUGCAAAUAAAUGUGUGAUUUUUUUGUUCCCUUAAGUGCUUUGAAACUAUGAUUAAACUUUUUUUUUUAAAUU